AGAUAAUCCAUCAAUCUCCAUUGCUAAUCCUGAACACUGAUUGGAACGUUUGGAUUGCCGUGAGAUGGUUGGUUCUUGCAAUGGAUUGAUAUGCUUGCUUAGUUUGUCUGACAAGUAUGAAAGGACAUUCCGUUUUUGGAACCCUGCAACCAAAAAGAUAUCUGAAAAAUUAGGGCUCUUUUGCAAUGAUUCAUCUGAUUUUUUCAGGUUUGCAUUUGGUUAUGAUAAUUUAACCGACACUUAUAAGGUUGUGGCAUUCUCUGCCAAUCAGGUUAAAGUUUUCGGUUUAGGUGAUAGUGUUUGGAGAAAUAUUGAAAGUUUUCCGUUUGUUCCUUUUGACGUUGAGUCUACGCAACCCCACUGCCAUCCGUUUGUGAAUGAAGGUGUUUAUGUGAGUGGUACUAUUAACUGGUUGGCUAUUCGAAAUGUGAUUGAUUAUAAAUGGAAAGAUAUUAACAUUGAGCAAUUUGUAAUUGUUUCACUUGAUCUGGGUACUGAGACAUACCGGCAGUUGCUACCACCUCGGGGAUUUGAUGAAGUGCCUUCGGUUGAGCCGGCUGUUACUGUGUUGAUGGAUUGUUUAUGUUUUUCACAUCAUUUUAAGGGAACGCAUUUUGUUUUGUGGAAGAUGAUGGAAUUUGGAGUACAAGAGUCUUGGAUUCAAUUCCUUAAAAUUAGUUAUGUGGAUCUUCGGAUUUAUCAUGGAGUUAGUGAGUCAUUUGAAUAUCAUUCUCAACUGUUCUUGUUUCCGUUGGGUCUUUCGGAGAGUAAUGACACAUUAGUACUCGCAAGCAAUCAAGAAAGCUUUGCAUGUGAAGAAGAAAAAGCGAUUCUUUAUAAUUGGAGAGACAAUAGAGUAGAGCGGACUAGAUUUACUGAUGAAAUAUUGUGGUUUUUUACGAAGGGUUAUGUUGAAAGUUUGGUUUCGCCAUGUUGAAAGACCACAACCUCAAAUUCAAGCACAUCUGGGUGUUAUUGAUAGCCGAUCGCGUGGCAGGAAGAAAGGCGAAAAAGGUUUAUUAGAGCUCCAUUUUGAUUUUUGCUCUUGUUAUCCAUCAUUUUCACACAAUUGAACUCCAUUUUAUCCAUUAGUGAAGCUUAUGUACAAGAUCCUCAGAGACUAACUUUGAUUUCUGCACAUUCCUUCAUUUGAUCAUUGUGCUGCUGAUGGUAUUAUGUGCUCUGCAUUCCAAGCUUGGAGUGUUACUGUAAGCAUUUUCAUGAAUGCAGGUGUAGUAUAUACGUAUUAUGUGCUUUUGUCAAUGUAGAUGUUUGCAACCAGGGAGAAGCUUGCUUCGUAGGCUAUUAUGUCACGCUCACUUUAUUCUGUUAGGCUGUAUGCAUGAGUAUUUGUAUUAUUCAGCUCCGGGUCACUAUAAUUUUUUCGAUUUGAAAUCAGUUUCCAAAAGAUGCUUUUCAAUCAGUGAGUUUUUGCUUAUUUGAGUUUUUCUGUGAUGUAAUAUUUGUUCAAUUAUUUGCUUUUCACCAUCAGAAACUGCCAUAUUUUCCACAUAAUGGUCAAUCAACAAUGCUAC